UUCUCUUACACCCCAAAAUAACUCAUUUUCUGGAAGAGACUGACUAGGAAGACUCAUGAUCAAGAGACACUCCCAGCCCCAAAUUCACUGAACUACUUUCCAAAGACUCAGAAUCAUCGACAUAAACAUGAGCUCCUCACCCGAGCAGUCUCAGGUGUCACCCAAGCAGUCUCAGGUGGAUGUGGAGGAUCUCAUUGAAGAAGACAUCCAGAAGGAGAAAGUAAAGGAAAUUAAACCUCUUCCCACACCACGAAGCAAACUGGAAGUAUUCCUGAAGAAGGAGAUGGAAUUCUUGGGGGUGGCUCAGACCAUGAUUGGUAUUAUCUGCUGCUUUUUUGGAGUAACUCAUAAGUUUAUUCCAAAUUUUCCACAAAAGGAGGGCUCUUUCUCUUCCUUUCAAAUAGGUUAUCCAAUAUGGGGAGGAUUACUGUUCACCAUUUCUGGAUAUCUGUUGAUUGCAUCGGAAAGAAAAGGCACUAAAUAUCUGGUACGAAGCAGCUUUGUAAUGGCCAUUCUCAGUUCUGUGGUUGCAGGAUUUGGGAUAAUGAUUCUUUUAUUAAAUAUAGAGCAAACAUCUUCCAUUUUGCAUGAAUGCCAAAAUCAACCAGUUGGAGACUUUUGCUUUGCAGCUAUGUUUUUAUAUGAGACUGCAGCCAUGGUCUUAUUCCUCACCAUUCUGGAGAUGCUUAUUGGCUCAUUACUCCCUUUCAAUGAAAUACUUGGAAAAGUAACGGAAGCGUGGUUUGCAAAGCAUCCCAAAGCUGCUAAAGAAAUUCUUUAUGAAGAAUUAGACAUUUACACCCCAAUUGCUGAAGACAUAGAGCUACAUGAAAGAAAGUCUGCACCUAUGGACCCAAAGGACAUAAGCACAGAAUCCAGGGAGUUACUUGAUUCCACCCUAUAUCAAUCACCGGAGGAGUUCCCCAAAACUUAGUCCAAAAUAUCAACAAAUGUUUUCAGGGCAUGGUGUAAAGGGUGUUUGACUUAAGGCCACAGUGCUCAGGUUUGACUUCUGCCUCUGUCAUUUAAUUCCUGUAUAACUUUAAUAAAAUAACUUAACCUUU